AUGGCUUCUUGGGACAACCGCGUCGUCACCAACGAGCACUUGCUCCCUUAUGUCGACUCCAACACUGCCCCGCCAGACAUCAAGGCAGCUCUGCAAACUCUGCCAUUCGAGAGGAACAUCUUCAAGCUCCUCGCCAACAGCAAUGUGUUCUUCAAACCAUUCAUGACACUCCUUUCUUCCAGCUGGAGCGAGAACCGAAAGAUUCUCCCUUCCGAAUGGCAAACCACUGUUCUACGCACAGCCGCCACCCUCGAUGCCCCUUACGAGUGGGAUGUCAACGAGCCUGUCGCUCGCGUCCUCGGUCUCACCGAUGAACAAUUCGCGGCUCUUCGCAAUCCAAAAGAACCAUUGCCUGAGAGCCUGUUUACUCCGCGUCAGCGAUUGAUUGCUCGUAUUGUUGAAGAGCUCAGUCGCCAACCUCGUGUUAGCAAGGACGUCAUGGAUGAGGCUUUGCAGGCUUUCAGCCAUGAGGAAAUCACUGAGAUUUUCUUUCUUAAUGGUAUUUACGGCUUCUUGGCUAGGUUCAUGAAUAGUGCGAAGAUUGAUUUUGAUGAGCCUAUCCCUGGCUUGCUGGACAUUCUGCGCAAAUACAAUGCGUCAGCUAUUGAGCGAGAGAAGCAGGCAAAGAAGGAGACUUAG